CGGAGCUCCUCCCCCACCUGGGAUUGUAAUGGAUUGUUAACUCCGUCAUCUCGACUUUGAACUCUUCCCAUGCACCAUCUCAACUCUUGAGACAAAUAACGACAUAUAUCCUUUGUUGACAGAAGAUUGGCUAUAUAAGCUGCCGCGCGGGCGAGAGAAGACGUUUGUGGAAACGACUUGUCCAUCGAUGCCUUCGACCAGCUCUGCCAAUCCGUCCGAGUUGCCUCGUGACAACGACAACGACAACAACAUUACAACCAGCCAUAUUCAUCAACAUACGCCAUCAUCACCUCCUCCCGCUACCCCGACCAAGCGCCGCUUCGACGACUUUAACCUGAAGGAUAAAAGCGCCCAACAAUCGCAUCCUCAAACAGCCGCAUCAUCCGGCACCAAUACUGCUGCUCCCCCAGACCCCAAGCGCUCCCGCUCCGAAUUAUUCGCAGCUUCUUCCGCCACCCACCCGACAACAGUCACCACCACCACAACUCCCACCAUGUCCGCCAAACUCAAGGGCAAACGCCCCGCCUCCGGCCCGCCAGAGGUAAUCGACCUCACCCAAGGAAGUAACAACUCCGCGGGGUCUUCGCCUGUUCCCACCUCUUCUCAUUCGCACAUUAGAGGACUACCACUAGGCCGAACGUCAACAGCGCCGCUCAACCCCAAGGGCGGCGGCAUGACCAGCAAAACACCAGGGGGCACCAACUACCUCCAAACACACAUUGGCGCCCGCCGCCUCGUCGUCAAGAACCUCCGCCCUGUGGCCACCCAGACUCAGACCGAAGAAGCGCACUACGCACGCAUUCGCGGUGAUUUGGAUGCCGCGCUCAAGGCUGUCUUUAGCGGGCACGGUGCUGGUGCUGGUGCCGGUGCCGGUGCCAGUGCCGCUCCUGCUCUUGGAGGCCACAGUCCUAGUCCUGGCCCAGGUCUGGGUCAGGGUCAGGGCCAGGGUCGUAGCGGAGUGAGCAGCAAUACCACAACAGGCGGUCAACCGAUGGAAAAGCUAUACCGCGGGGUAGAAGAUAUUUGCCGACGGGGGAAUAAGGAGUCCGGGGAGUUGUACGAGUGGUUGAAGGAUCGGUGCAAGGGGUGGUUGAACAGUGACAAGGUGCUCAAGGCGCUACUGGCGGCUGCUCCGUCUAUAGCCACAGACGCGGGAGGGGAAGAGGAUGUGAUCCUGCUCAGGGCGGUGCUGGCCGCUUGGAAGAGGUGGAUUGCGCAGCUUUUGGUGAUCAGGUGGAUCUUCAGCUACUUGGAUAGGAGUUAUCUACUUCCUGGUGGUGGUGGGACUACUGCGGAAGGGAAGGGCAAGAGUAGUGCUGGUGGGAAGAGGGAGGGGCCAACGAGCGUUAAUGAUAUGGGUAUCAGUGCGUUCCGGAGCGCCAUGUAUAGCUCGAGGAGCAGGAACGGCGCUAAUAUGCUCACCAUCGGCGCACGGGUGGUUAAUGCCGUGUGCGUGUUGGUUAUGUUUGACCGGCUCGAUGAUAACCGGUUCGAUUCGCAGCUGUUGAGGGAGUCGGUGGCCAUGUUGAGGCUCUGGGGGGUGUACGGAAAGGAGUUGGAGCCCAAGUUCAUCAACGAGUCAAGAGAGUAUGUGAGGAGGUUCGCGGAAGAGCGCAGCGAGUCGUGCGGGCUCAAGGAGUACAUUGUUGCGUGCGAGCGGCUGCUCAACAGGGAAAGCGAGCGGUGCGAUGUGUACAACUUUGACAGCACCACUAAGCGCCAGCUUAAGGACGACGCGCAUCAGAUUCUUAUCUUCAACUAUGCGGAGAAGCUGCUGGACAGCGGCAGCGUCGCAAAGUUGCUGGAUGCAAAUGAUCUCGAUUCCAUGAAGGCCCUGUACGAGCUGCUCAAGUUGUCAGGUAUUCAGAAGAGGCUGAAGGGACCGUGGGAGCAGUACAUCCGAAAGACAGGCGCGGCUAUUGUCAGCGAUACGGCUAGGGGCGACGAAAUGAUCAUUCGCAUGCUGCAGCUGCGCCGCGCGCUAGACGUAUUGAUUCGCGAUGCAUUCGGCAGAGACGAGGAUUUCACAUAUGGGUUACGCGACGCUUUCGGGUUCUUCAUUAACGACAAGUCGGUGUCAUCAUCGUGGAAUACGGGCACCUCCAAGGUGGGCGAGAUGAUCGCCAAGCACAUCGACAUGUUGCUCCGCGGCGGUCUUAAGACGUUGCCCAAGGCAUUGUUGUCCGAUGUCAAGGACAGGCAGGAUGCCGAAAGGAGCGGCAUUGCUAGCACGGCCGAUGAAGAUGCCGAGUUGGAUAGACAGUUGGAUCACAGCCUGGAGCUGUUCCGGUUCAUCCAGGGCAAGGACAUCUUCGAAGCCUUCUACAAGAAGGACCUGGCGCGCAGACUUCUCAUGGGCCGCAGCGCUAGCCGCGACGCGGAAAGAAAUAUGUUGGCCAAGCUGAAGAAUGAGUGCGGUUCUAGUUUCACUCACAAUCUGGAAAUCAUGUUUAAAGACCAGGAAUUAGCCAAGGACGAAAUCGCCUCCUACAAGACCUGGCUAGCCGGUAGGGGCGAGGACUCGCCCGUGGCCAAUUCGGACCUCGACCUGAGCGUUAACGUCCUUUCAGCCGCCGCCUGGCCCACCUACCCUGACGUCCGCGUCCUGUUGCCGCAAAACGUGUUGGAUCACAUCACCACGUUCGACACAUACUACAAAUCCAAGCACACCGGCCGCCGACUAACCUGGAAGCACAACCUCGCGCACUGCGUCGUGAAAGCGCGCUUCGACCGUGGCCCGAAAGAGCUACUCGUCUCCGCCUUCCAAGCCAUCGUCCUCGUCCUCUUCAACGAAGCCGAAGAGAAGUCACCCGACGGGAUCCUCUCGUACGAUCAACUCGCCUCCGCAACGGGUAUGCCCGACCCCGAGCUCCAACGGACUCUGCAAUCCCUAGCCUGCGGCAAGACGCGCGUCCUCAACAAACAUCCCAAGGGGCGCGAAGUCGACAAGACGGACACUUUUAGUGUCAACAAAUCCUUCACCGACCCCAAGUUCCGAGUCAAGAUCAACCAGAUCCAACUCAAGGAGACCAAGGAAGAAAACAAGGAGACGCACGAACGGGUCGCGCAGGACAGACAGUUUGAGACGCAGGCGGCGAUUGUGAGAAUCAUGAAGAGCAGGAAGAAGAUGGCGCAUGCGCAGCUGGUGGCCGAGGUGAUUAAUCAGACGAAGCAGAGGGGGGCGGUGGAUGCGGCGGAUAUUAAGGCUAAUAUUGAGAAGCUUAUUGAAAAGGAUUAUAUUGAAAGGGAGGGUGGGAAUUAUGUUUAUCUUGCGUAGAAGGUGGUUGUGUGGGUUGGGUUGGUGUGUUGUCGGUGAGAUAGAUGGAAGGAGAACGAGGCAAGGCAUGGCUGCGUGGGAAAGGAAAGAAGAGCGUCAAACGAGUUUGGAAGCGUUUUUUGGGAAGGAUAACCUGUUUUUGUAAGUUUGUUGUUGUGUGAUUAACGAAUGGCUUUUUGGUAUCGUGGGUUUUGCAAGGGACGCAUAUGUUUAUGAAUAGGUGUUUUUCAUGAAUGGAUUGGGUUCAACAAUCGCCAAGGGUACAGUGUUUGACUUGUAUGUACAUACUCACUCAGCAUGUGAUAUACAACAUAUGCCAGC